CGACAGUCUCUAUCACCGCAGCCUAGGAAUCGGCAAACAGUGGUUUCCCGUGAAAGUUGCUCCUCGAUCGGCUGUGAUCGUUUGAACCGUUCAACUGUUCGUAACCGUCAUCGUUUCGUCAAACUUCAGCGGGUACGCGAAUAGAGAUGCUACGCCUACUGUUGGUGGCAGCCUGCGUGGUCCUGGCAUGGGGAAUUCCGACGCCCGAGGAAGCCAAAGCACCCGAUGCUUCCAAAGAACCUGAAGACCUACUGAAAAGGGCUACGGAAUUUUUGUCGCGAGUCGACAAACAGUACGCAGAAUGGAGCAACAAACAAUCGCUCGCGGAAUGGGACUAUGCGUCCGACCUGAAUUCGGACAAAUUGGCGAAGAAAUUAAACGUGUCUUUGGAGGCGGCGCGCAUUCAAAAAUCGAUUUGGACGGAAGUAAAUGCGUUCCCCUGGAAGAACUUGAAGGACGCAGGCAUGAGAAGACAGUUCUUGAAGCUCAGUGUCUUGGGCCCUGCAGCACUUCCUGAAGAUUUGCACCGGGAAUACGAGAAAAUUAUAAGCGACAUGGAAAACAUUUACAGUACCGCAAAAAUCUGCGAUUACAAGAACAAGAACAAAUGCGAUCUUGCUCUGGAGCCCGAACUUACGGAACGUUUAAUGGAAAGUCGCGACCCAGAGGAACUGAAGUACAUUUGGGUUCAGUGGAGGAAAGCAACAGGUGAAAAAGUGAAAAAGCUGUACGCUAGGUAUGUAGAGCUGAGUAACAUGGCUGCUAGACUGAACAACUACUCCGAUAAUGCGGCCUACUGGAUGAAGGAUUACGAGGUCGACGCGUUCCCUGAGGAAAUUGAGAAGCUUUGGCAAGAAUUGAAACCAUUCUACUUGCAAUUGCACGCGUAUGUCCGACGAGAACUUCGAAAGAAAUAUGGCGAAGACAUUAUUUCCAAAGAUGGUCCUAUUCCGGCGCAUUUAUUGGGGAAUAUGUGGGCUCAAACCUGGAGUAAUAUCGCAGAUUUUACGAUUCCAUAUCCUGGAAAACAGUUACCCGACGUCAGCAAUGCUAUGGUAGAACAAGGAUACAACGCAACGAAAAUUUUCCGAGUCGCAGAAGAUUUCUUCACUUCCAUAAAUCUGACAGCGAUGCCGGAUUUCUUCUGGGAACGGUCAAUCCUGGAAAAGCAAAAGGAUCGUGAGAUGAUUUGUCAUGCUAGCGCCUGGGACUUCUACGACGGCCAGGACUUCCGUAUUAAACAAUGCACAAGAAUUAACAUGGAAGACCUAAUGACUGCCCAUCAUGAGAUGGGACAUGUCGAAUAUUAUCUUCAAUACAAAAAUCAGCCCACGGUUUUCAAGGAGGGCGCAAAUCCUGGGUUCCACGAAGCCGUUGGUGAUGUUAUAGCUCUGAGCGCCUCGACUCCAAGUCACCUGAAGAGUAUCAAUUUGUUGAAGGACGACGCAACUGACAAAGAAGCCAUUAUCAACCAUUUAUACACGAAAGGUCUUGACAAAAUUGUCUUUUUGCCAUUCGCAUAUAUGAUGGACAAAUGGCGCUGGAAUGUCUUCCAAGGACAAGUUACACCAGAUAAUUACAACUGUAACUGGUGGGAUCUAAUUGAAAGCUUUCAAGGUAUCGAAGCACCCGUGGAUCGAUCAGAAGAUGAUUUUGAUCCUGGUGCAAAAUACCAUAUAAUAGCUGAUGUUGAGUAUAUCAGAUACUAUGUAAGCUUCAUUGUGCAAUUCCAGUUCCACAAAGCACUUUGUAUAGAGGCAAAACAAUACGAUCCUCAGAAUCCAAACUCAAAACCGUUACAUCAAUGUGACAUUUAUAACAACAAAGCAGCAGGAAACUUGCUGAAAUCCAUGUUGGAAUUGGGUUCAUCUAAGCCUUGGCAGGAUGCGAUGGAAAAGAUCACGGGUCAAAGGAAUAUGGACACUGCUGGACUAUUAGAAUAUUUUAAACCACUAACAGACUGGCUCACGGAGGAAAACAAGAAAACUAAUGAAUACAUUGGAUGGAAACCUAGAGCAAAACAAUGCGUACAAACCAGAUCAGAACUUGAAGUUGCUGAAGCGACUGAAACAAUUAAAGUGAUCGAGGAGUAGGAACAUUUGUAAUAUCUCUUUAAGUACUAUCAUUCCAAGAAAACUAACGG